UCCAACAAGACUUCAGCGAGCAACUCUUCCCUGCCCUUGUCGGGACCUGGUUGAGCUUGCCCAUCGCGGUCCACGCUCCACCCACAUCCACGAGAAGGGACCUGCCUUGUGUCCCCAACCCAAGAGAAGACCAUCUUGCACCUGGUGCUUAGGCUGGUACCUCUCCUAGGGGCACUUGCCGUGGUCACUGACCCCAGAGAAGGGUCUCAUCUGAGUCCUCUAAUCUAUGGCCCCUUAGACGGACCCGCCCUACUCCCCUAGUCCCACAGGGACGGCCCCUCUGCGCCCUGCUCCACAGAAGGUGAUCCGCCCCUCGCCCCCGGCCCGGAGGGAGGGCGGUGUGCACCUCGUCAAGCGCUUCGCCUCGCGUGCCCGCGCUCCUCUCCCGCAGCCCUCCCGUGCAGCGUCAGGCAGAGGCGGGGUGGGGCGCGGUUAAAAGAAGCUGCAGGUGGGAACCGGGGCUCCACCCGCACAGUCCUCGAUUCCGUUCCCGCUGCGAACCGUGGGCGCCCGAUCCGACCUACGCGCUGGCCUGGAGCUGUGGGCACCGCUGCAAGCCGGGAGCCGGAUCCCACCGAGCAGGUGGCAUUCCCACUGCCAUCCAUAAACAGAGCAGCCUCAGAGUGCCAUCAUCGCUGCCCUGCUGACCUACAGAGGAGCUGGAGCAAGAACUAGAAGUCUUUGCGGAGGGAUUGCACCUUGGCUCCGGAAUAGACCUGCGCCAUGGAUUGGGGGGCCCUGCACACUGUCAUCGGUGGUGUGAACAAGCACUCCACCAGCAUAGGGAAGGUGUGGAUCACGGUCAUCUUCAUUUUCCGAGUCAUGAUCCUUGUGGUGGCCGCCCAGGAAGUGUGGGGCGAUGAGCAGGAGGAUUUUGUGUGCAACACUCUGCAGCCAGGGUGCAAGAACGUCUGCUACGACCACUUCUUCCCCGUGUCCCACAUCCGGCUCUGGGCUCUGCAGUUGAUCUUCGUGUCCACCCCAGCGCUGCUGGUGGCCAUGCAUGUGGCCUACUACAGACACGAAACCGCCCGGAAGUUCAAACGUGGAGAGAAGAGGAAUGAGUUUAAAGACCUGGAGGACAUCAAACGGCAGAAGGUGCGCAUCGAGGGCUCGCUCUGGUGGACGUACACCAGCAGCAUCUUCUUCCGCAUCAUCUUUGAAGCCGCCUUCAUGUAUGUGUUCUACUUCCUCUACAAUGGCUACCACCUGCCCUGGGUACUGAAAUGCGGCAUUGAGCCCUGCCCCAAUCUCGUGGACUGCUUUAUUUCGAGACCAACCGAGAAAACGGUGUUCACGGUUUUUAUGAUUUCCGCAUCUGUGAUUUGCAUGCUGCUCAAUGUGGCCGAGUUGUGCUACCUGCUGCUAAAGUUGUGUUUCAGGAGAUCCAAGAGGAUGCAGGCACAGAGAAACCAUGCCCUGAAAGAGAGCAAGCAGAAUGAAAUAAAUGAGCUCAUCUCAGACAGUGGUCAAAACGCAAUCACAAGUUUCCCGAGUUAA